UCAAUCAUAAGUAGCAGUAAAAAAUAUCUGGAAUUAGCUUUUAAAAAUAUGUAAUACGAAUUAAGUAAAAAUAUUAUAAUAUUGUCAUUUAUAAAAAGAAUAAUUACAUAGAAUAUAAUAAACUUAUAUUUUUCAUUUUUCAAAUGCUUUUAAUUUUUAAAUGCAAAAGAAAUCAAUCCUUUGAGAAUUGUGAUUGUAUUUGUGAAUAUUUAAUUAAUUAAUGGUGAUUCCAUAGCAAAUGAAUAUUUGCAUGCUGCAGUUAUGUGCUUCCAUUGUGAAAACAUAAUUGUUUUAUGGUGAUAAUAUGUCAAAAUCAAACAUAAGGAAGAUAACGGUUGACCCUACGAAAUGUAAUACAGACUCUCGUCGACCAAGUGUAUUUGAGAGGUUGGGGACUAAACCAGCAGUUACUGCCGGCCAAAAUUCAUCGGAUUAUUGUAGAAACUGGGCAUUAAACGGCAGCUGUUCAUAUGGAAAGAAUUGCAAAUAUGCAAAUACUCACACAUUAAUAAGUCCGUCCAAGCGUGCCAAAAAGGAUAAUGCUAUUGCAAGUACAACUGGACUUAUUGAAGAUCCAUUUAAAAGGCUUACUUCUAAGAUCGUAAAAAAGGCAUCACAUAGUCCUGAUUUAAAUUUAGAAGAGUGGAAUCAAACAGAUUUGGAAUACGAAGACGAAAAAGUAUUAGAGAGACGUAGACAGUUAUUGCAGCGUGAAUUAGAAUUACAAAUGAAGAAAGAUAAAGAAGUUCAUGGAAAAGAUAAAAUAAGACAAAAGAAAAAAGCUAUGACUUCUUCCUCUAGUUCACAUACUUCAAGUACAUCUAGCAGUAGUAGUAGUUCUAGUAGUGAAGAUUCAUCUUCUAGUUCAACAUCUGAUUCACGUAAAAAAAUAAAAAAAAUUAAAUCUAAGCGACAUCAUAGUGGAUCUACUGAUUAUGAUGAAGAUAAAGAAAGAAGACGAAAAUUAAAAUUAAAAAGACUUGGAACAAAAAAUGAAAAACCUUCAAUCAAAAAGAAACGUAAAUUUGAAAGUAAUUCCACAAAAAAGGAAAUUAGUGUUAGAACAGCAAAAAAAUAUAGUUCAUCUUCAGCAUCAAAAAAACAUUCUUCUACACCUCGUACAAGAUCACCAGCAAUACAAGUAUCCACAACAGUAACAUCAACAACAACCUCAGUAUUAGGCUCUUCAGUAUCUGUGCCUCAUCAUGGAACAUCCAAUAAAGUUAGAGAAAGAAACAGAAGUGAAUCUCCAAAAAUUCUAAAAAGCAGAGAUAUGGAAAAAGAAGAUAAACAUUAUAAAAAAAUACGUGAUAUAGAUGAAUUAUCUAAAGAUAAUGUUAAAAAUAAACCUUUUGAUAAAAUUAAAGAACAGGAUAAAGAAAAAAGUCGUGCAAUAGAUGAAAAAAUUAAAACAAACGAAAGAUUAAAAGCAAAAUGUAAAGAUAAAGAUAUACGAUCUAGAACAUCUCCAACAUCUGAAAGAUCAAAACAUCAGCAUUCGAAAGAAACGAUUUCAACUAAAACUCGCCGUAGUCGUACACCCGAAAAGUCAUCAAGAUCUAAACGAGAGUUUACGCCAUCAAAAACUCAAGAUAGACAACUUUCUACAAACAGAUCUCGAGAUACAGAAAAAAAAGAUCGUGAAUCACAUAAAAAUGAUAAAACUAAAGAUAGAGAAGAUAUACGAAAAAAUGAACAAAAUAGCAAAACCAGACAGAUAUCGAAUCAAGAAGAAAGCCAUAGAAGAAUCGGUAAAGAAUUUGACGAUAAAACUUAUUUAGGUGAUAAAACUCGACAAAAGAGCAGAGAACGUCGUGAUAAAGAGCACACGAGAGAUGAGCGUGGGCAUUCAAGACUUGCUCGAGAUCAACGUGAUGGUCGUGAUAAAGAUAAAGAAGAUUUACAAGAACGUUGUCGCGAACGACCACGGGAAAGAGAUAGAGAUCGAGAUAGAGAUCGAGAACGUGAUCGCGAACGAGACAGAGAUCGAGAUCGAGAUCGUGAUCGCGAUAGAGAUCGGGAUCGUGAUCGAGAUCGAGAUCGUGAUCGAGAUCGUGAUCGUGAUAGAGAAAAAGAAUCAAUUAAAUCAAGAGAUAGAGAUGUACCAUCUUUAGUUUCAGCAUCGAUAAAUUUAACAGCGGAUAAAAAUACACGUUAUAGUCGGGAUAAAGAACGAUUAAUAAUGAAAGAUAAUAUUUUUGAAAAAAAUGGAACUCGAGAACGUAGAAGCGAUAGAGAAAGAGAACGAUCUGAAACAAAAACUCUUUCUGAUAGAGACAGAACGUCACAGCGUAUUGAUAAUAGAUAUGAUCGAAAUACUGUAGAUAAGGAUACAUCAGUUCGUAAAACUGGUGUAAAUUCACCUAGAGAUCGCGUUGAUCGUUUUCCGCGAGAAAGAUCUUUAGAUAGAACAUCGUUGCUUGAUAAAGGUACGCACAAUGUACCCCCAUUAUCACAAGCAUCUUCUUUACCAGUCGUUCAAUCUUCUAUAGCAUCUUCAUCAUCUUCAUCUGCUCCACCUACAUUAUCAAAUUCGCGAGAUAAUUUAAUUGAUAGAAUAGAUGUUACACAUUAUGAUCGUGAAAGACAUAGACGAUUCAGCACAAGAUAUGAUCGAAAUCAUACAUCUGAGCAUGAUCAAUCACGCAUUACGCCAACCAAAGUUGAUCGGUUAAUCGAAAGACGCGAAAGCAGUCCGCGACGAACAAUUGAAAUCGACAGAAAUUAUAAUAGAAAUUACGGACGUUUAUCAGAACAUUGGGAUGAACAGGAGGAAGCAUCUUCACAUUUAGAUUAUCGUGAUCACCAUGUUCAUGAAGAUGAUAGAAGAAAAACUGUUGAUGGAAGAAGAUAUGAUAGUCCAUUUGAUGAAAGACGUGGAAUUCGUGAAGAAAGAUCUCGAGAAUCUAGAUAUGUUGUUCAAACUACUGAUAGAAGUUCCUUUGAUGAUCAUCGGCAUCAUCAUCAUCAUCAUAGACAUCCACUUUAUUCUGGAGAAAAAUUAAGAAGUAACACAUCUAUUAGAGAUGAAAAUGUUUCCAAUGAUGAUUGGGAUAAUCAUCAUCGUGAUGUAGAACAUACUCGAGAGCGAACUUAUGGUCCCGUUGAUUGGGAAGAAAGAGAAUGGCGAGUGAGAACAUUAUGGGAUAAUAGAGAUAGUCUUCCUCGAUCAGAAGUACAUGAUGAUGACUGGAAUUCUCGAUAUGAUAAUUCUGUAUCAGAUUGGAAAUCAAGCGAUUCUCGAAAAUGGGAUAAUCAAUCAGUGCAUAUUCGAAGUCACUAUAGAAAUGAUCGAUCUAAGGAAUUAGAAAUAGCAGAAUCCACAUCACAUAAUAAAAGAAGAACUUAUAAUAGUUCUGAAACUAGAGAUGAAUGUAUAGUUCAUAAUUCUAAGCAAGCAUCUUUAUAUGGUAGUAUGAAAGAAGAACCUAUUAAUAAAAAGUUAAUGGAAUUAGCAGAAGGUAAAUUAUCUAUAACUCGAGAAAAAUCUACAGAUACUUUUCAAAAAAAAACUAUCUUAAAAGAAAAAUCUGAAACAAAAGAAAUUGUUACAUCUGAUUCAAAACGUACUUGCAUUGAUGAAUCUUUACAAACACUUCAUACUGAGAGUGAUCUCAGUGAUAUUAGUGAUGAUCCAGAUGAUAUAUUAAACAUGGAAGAUAUCACAGAUAUAGAUAUAAAUAAAACGAGAGUAACGAAAAGAAAUCCCGAUAUUAUACAACGAGAUGGUCAACCAAUAAGUCAAGAGGCAGAUCUUUCAUCUCCAAAAGAAACUAUAGAAGAAACAGUUUUUAAUACUAAAGGAAAAGAUAAUAAUGACACAAUAUCAUUUAGAAAUAUGGAAGAUGAAAAUAUGGAAACUAUGGACUUUGAAGAAAUUUCUGAUGGUGAAUUAGAAGAGGAUAUUAAAACGAGUGGUAAAGGUUUGGGAGAUGCUUUAGGAGUUGAUUGGGAAAGUCUCGUUAAAGAAACGCAAUCCCGUAAAUCUACAUCAUGUAAUCAAAAUUCAGAAAAUCGUUGGCAAUGCAAGGCAAUUCUGCAUAGAAUUGGUGUUUCUGCGAAAUAUGCAGGUGAAGAUGUAAUGAAAAAACUGACAAAAAAAUAUGGAAAAGACGAUCAUUCGGAAUUUUUUCUUCACAAUGUUGCAUUUAUGCACACAGCACUUACACGAAAUCAUUUGCUGCGUGACUUAAACAAUGAUACGCUAUCUAUGGUAGAUGAUUUUCUGUAUAGGAAUAAUAAUGUAAAUAUUGAUGAGGACGUAGAUUACGAUUUAGAAGUUUUAAGACCUUGUACAGCUUUAUAUGAAGAAGCAAAAUGUUUAUUAGAACAAGCUGUAUGAAACAUUUUUUUUAUUUAUAGGACAUGAUUUUUAGAAUUGCACUUUGCUACUACAUUAUAUUAUAAAACAGUAUAGAGCACAAGUGCAUCAUUUUGUUACUUGCUAGUCUAGUUCAGCUAUUUAGAUAUUUUCUGCUGCAAACUUAACCAUCUAUGGUGCAAUGUAAAAAGAGAUUAAAUUGAUACCUUUUUCUUAA